UCGAUGAUCCAAGGAAGUGCAGUGACUGGAGGAUCUUAAGCCCGUUAAACGCACCAAUGUGAGCGCCUCGCCUCCUCGACACUUUCCUCGACCCCUCUCUAUGUCGGGCAUGAGCGAUCUCGCACCAUGGAUACUGCCCAUCUAACCACUGCGAUAACUCACUCGCACAUUCCUCGAUAGGUCUCCGCCCCUCCAGGCCGCGAGCAUCGGAUAGCGGGUCUUCUCUCCACCAUCCUAGACAGCCCCUCCCGCUCCAACAAAGCGCACGGCCGCGAAUCAACGCGAUGCCGUCAAUCAACACGAUCAGGCACUUGGUCUCCGGCGCAAAGGCUCGUCAUGUCGAUGACGAGCUGGGCGUCGACUUGGACCUCGUCUAUCUUACCGACAGAUUGAUCCUGAUGGCUUGGCCUGGAUCAGGCUUGGAAGCGCUGUACAGAAACCCUAGGAAUGAUGUGCGACGCUUUUUGGAGAAGCGUCAUGGACCUCGCUACCGUGUGUACAACCUCGUGCCGCGGUACGAAAAUAGCUACGAAUCGUGGGAAUUCUAUGAGCAGGUCUCUAGAUUCCCCUUUCCCGAUCAUCAUCCUCCCCCACUCGGCAUGAUACCUCUGUUCGUUGCCGAUGUGACAGCGUGGCUGGGAGAGGACGAGCGCAAUGUUGCGGUGAUACAUUGCAAAGCUGGCAAGGGAAGAACCGGAACGAUGAGUGUGGCAUACCUGCUAUCUCUGCCGAUCUUGCCGACUCUAGCAGCGAGCGAGAAGGGCGUCGGCACGUCCCAGACAGCUGCCGUGCCCCAGGGCAUAUCAGUCGAUGGCGGUAGCAAGUCUUGCAUUCGAGACCUCCCACCUUCUUCCACCGCAUCGCGCAGCGACAAUGAGGAACUCUCGCGAGAGAAUAGCGGACAAGACAGCAGUCACGGCAGCAGCAGUACACACCUUACCGUGCCCUUCUCUGGCUCGGUGCGAGGCAGCAAAGAGCAGCAGACAUCGUCCAGCUCCGCUUCAGAGGUAGCCUCGCCCAUCGUAUCGCCAAUAGAGGAUACGGCGCAACGUUUGCGCACAGUCUUGGAACUACACACUGCUAAGCGAUUGAAGCCCAAAUCCCCCGCUGCAUCACCCAAAGGUAAACAAGAGGCGAAAGGGCGACCUUUUGAGAGCAUAUCUAGUCUGGCCCCUCCAAUGCAUGAGCAGUCGCUCGUACCACCUGAAGAUCCGCCCUCGCUGGAAAAGCUCGACAGGCCUGCUUUAUCAGGCACCCGUUCGCGCUCCACUUCGCGAGUCGGCGGGUUGCUGCGCCGAGCAAGCUUCAACUUCAAGCGCUCGACUGCCUCCAAAGACUCGCCGUCGUUGCCUGAUGGUGAGCUCCCUGACCUGUCAUCAGAGAGCAGUACAAGGAGAGCGUCCGCUGCUGCGUCACCGCUGUUCUCCCCUUCUGCCUUGCCAGGUGCUUGUGCAUCGGAGCAGGCUGCUCCGUCGUUGCACGGCACCGAGACCGCAUCGUCCAACACGCCUAUCAAAGCCGUGCGCUCGAGAAAAGAUCUACGUGCCCUUGGCGUAUCUCCGAGCGGCCGAUCUACGGAUCAUUUAGCUGGGAGUACCCAGUUCACGAAUCCCUUUGCCCUGACGAGUGCCGAUAGCCUCUGCAGUCCUAGCGACGGACAAGGCGCUCUUCACAUGUCCCUGCCUCCAACUCCGCCCCGCUCAGCAAAGGGCAGCAAACCCUCUAUCACCUCGUCGUCACUUAUAGUGCCGCCAAUCACGCUUGCAGAAGCGACACCACAACCGACCAGCGCGAUGGAGCUCCUUGCUACACCCAGUCCGGCUACAGAGUCUCGCUUCGCCGCCCUUCAGGGGAGCGUUUCUGACAGCAAUCUGUCUACCGACACGGCUCGACCGCAACGUGACAGCGAGAGCAGUACUAGACGCUCCGCUGCCGCCGACCGACCACACAUUGUCAUUCCGCCUCGCACAUCAUCCACCUUUGCUAGAUCCGACCUGGAUCUUGCGCAGCUUCAAAGUGGGUUGACAUCGAGCGCGACUGUAGGCAAUUUGGCGUCGAUUGACAGCGACGAUGAUGAUGCCGAAGCGAGCGAUGAAGCGCCACGCCUCGCCAUAUCGAUUCCGAGUCAGCGUCGCUUUCUUGGGUACUGGUCGAGGAUGCUAGCAAAUUCAGAUCCUCGUUCAUCGAUCUACAGCUACAGCAUGCGUCCUACGAAGCGGUUGGUACGCAUCACGCGAAUCUGGAUUGAACGAGCCACGCCAUCGGAUCCGAAAGCGUCCAAGCCACUUAUCAACGCCGACAAUCUGAGCUUGCAAAUCAUGCGAUAUGAUCCCCAACUCGUCGACCGGCUCACGGAUUGGGAGCGCAAGGCAAGGCGCCGAAACAAAGCUUUGGGACACUGCGAUCCAGGUGCAUGCGCACCUGAGCUGGGAUGGGAGGAGAGCGAAGACGAGAGCGAAGCACCACUCUCUGCCGAGGCCAAAGCUGCCAAGAAGCAGCGUCAAGAAGAUCGGUGGCGGAAGGUCGAGGCUCGCAACAAGGCUCGCUCUGCACUGGCGCAGCACGGCAACAUUGCAGGAGUAGGGGAGUGGGGCAUCAACGUUGUCGCUGAAGCUACUCGAGCCCGAGACUUUUUGUGGAACGAUGAGGGAGCACAGCACCUGAGUGCGGCUGCAAAGGAGGCUUCAGAACCUCCAUCGAGGAUGCGCCGACCCACACGGCAGAUUCAAACAUGCGCCAUGCUGAGCCAAAGUCUGCGCGAGAGGGUUGCUGCAGGUCGCGUUCGGUACGACUUUGAUCCUGCUGUGCAAUCCGUAGAUCGCACACAAGCCAGUCCAACAAGUGCACUCUAUUCCGCCACGGAAAUGCUCAGUCGAAGCUCCAUCAACCUGCUCCGCGGCUCCAGUGCAAGCACUCCGCUAGCAUCGGCUACUAGUCAAAGACGUGGCUCAGACGCGGGUCUCCUCUCUGCGACCGAUGCUGCGAAGCCUGGGCCCGGAUCGUACUUUGGCAUGCCGGCCGCACCAGACAUGCCCGCUUCUCCUCGCCGCACCUCGCCUACGCGAUUGCGUGGCGUGUCGUCGCAGUUCAACUUGAGCAAGCGGAUGCGAAGCGGGUCGAACGCAAAGUCGAGUGAAGUGCUGCAAGACGAGGCCUGCGCUGACCUGGUCGUCGAUGCGGAUGCAGAGUUGGGCAUCAAGGUGCUUCUUGGCAAGACAGGCACCACGCACGCCAAAUUGCCCGACAUUACAGCGCCUUGCUGGGCCUGGCUGAUUCCUUCUUUCGAAGAACCUUUGGCGCGUCCCAUCAAGGGAACUCGUACUCAGCUCAGAUUGGCCGCCGCGGAGCUCGACUUUAGGAAAUCUGGCGCUAUGGCGCCCGGGGGCGAUGUCAGGGCAAUCGGAUUGGAGUGGGAGUGGGUAGAGACUGGAGCUGUCGACGAGGAUGACGAAGGAUAGCGUCGUCAUUCUCGCUGUACAGCUCGCUUCUAAGGCCCGAACCUGGCGUACCUCUGUCGUACGAUCCGAGCCCUUCAAGACUGACAAUGUAACAUACCAACACUCGUUAUACUCGUUCAAUUGGUCGCAUCGUCUUUGGACAUGUCCGUGUCUUCAAUGCAUCAUCCUAUUCACCCG